CAGAAUGGCUUCUCCAGCUCUACUCAUGCGUGUGGUCGCCUCUGCCUAUUCUGUUGCAGAAAAAGCUGCAACAAUUGUGAGAAGUGUAAUGGCUGGAGGAGACCUGGGCAUAGUGGAGAAGACCGGAGCCAAUGACUUGCAGACCAAAGCUGACCGGCUGGUACAAAUGAGCAUUUGUGCUUCCCUGGCACGGAAGUUUCCCAAGGUGACCAUCAUAGGAGAAGAAGAACUGUCCACUGAUGAGGUAACGGAGGAAUUAAUUGAAGACGGUCACUGUGAAGAAAUACUGAAGAGCACCUGUCCUGCUCAGUACACAGGAAUUAAAGAGGAAGAGCUUGUAAUAUGGGUUGAUCCUUUGGAUGGAACCAAGGAGUACACUGAAGGUCUGCUUGACCACGUAACAGUCCUUAUUGGAAUUGCUUAUGGAGGCAAAGCAAUAGCAGGAGUUAUUAACCAGCCAUAUUACAACUAUGAGGCAGAAGCUGGUGCUGUGUUGGGCAGGACAAUAUGGGGAGUCCUGGGCUUAGGUGCCUUUGGAUUUCAGCUCACAGAAGCACCUGCUGGGAAACACAUCAUCGUCACCACUCGUUCUCACAGCAGUACCCUGGUAAAUGACUGCAUCAGUGCCUUGAACCCAGACAGUGUCAUCAGAGUUGGAGGAGCAGGAAAUAAGAUCAUUCAACUCAUAGAAGGCAAGGCAUCUGCUUAUGUAUUUGCCAGUCCUGGCUGCAAGAAAUGGGAUACAUGUGCACCUGAAGCUAUUCUACAUGCUGUGGGAGGCAAAAUAACUGAUAUCCAUGGAAAUUCAUUUCAGUACAACAAGGAAGUGAAACACAUGAAUUCUGCUGGGGUCCUUGCCACUUUGAGAAAUUAUGACUAUUAUGCCAGUCGUAUUCCUAACAAUGUUAAACAAUCUCUUGUGCCUUGAAGUAGUAAAGCAUCUUCACUUGGCCUGGAAGGUUGAGAAAGUGAACUUAGAGAAAAAGAAAGGAGAUAACUGAGCCUGAAAUUUUGUUUUAUAGAAUCUGAACUGAAUUCUUACAUUGAGGUGUUCAAUAGUUUCAAAAUUACAUACAGAAUCUCUAGGUGUCUGUUGGAUCAGAUUGUUUUGCUGUGUUUAGCAGACAACAUCAAAACAGUCACAUUUCUUCAAUAGUUGUUUCAAUAUUCCUUGGGAGUAUUCAUUCUUCAUCACUGUGCUUAAUAUAAUGCUAAACAUAGCACUUCAGACCAAAAAUAAUCUAAUUUUCAGGGCACACAAUCAUGUUAAGUAAUUUACCUGAUCUUGCUUAAUGUUUUUUAUUGUAUGU